AUGGCUACUUUAAUAGAUAAAAUAGAAAUGUUAAUUAAGAGAGAAAAAACUACACCGGAACGUAAAAAAGAUGAUAUCACUAAAUCUUCAAGUGAAAUACUCUCUGAAUUGUUUAGUGCCUUUAAUGCCGACCCACCGAAAAUUGAUGAAAUUCCUCACAAAAAAUCUAAAAAAAGUAAGAAAAAACACAAAAAGGAGAAAAAGAAAAGAAGUCGUAGUGUUAGUUCUAGCAGUGGUUCUGACAGAAGUGACUACUCCCAUAAACGAAAGAAAAGAAAGAAAAGUAAGUCAAAAAAACGUAAAGAGGAUCGUUCUCCUACUCGGCGACGAUCAAGAACACCUCUUAUUAUUAAAUCGGAAAUAGAUACAUGGAAAGCAAAAGCUAAAAGUGAGCCAGAACAUGUCAAACCUCUCAAUCAAUCAAAGCAGCAAAAAGAAGAAUCAAAAGUUAAAAAAGAGAUUGAUAGACAAGUUUGUGUUAAAACUGAAGAUUCCAACAACUUAAGUGUUUCAUUUAACAAUAUUGACACGAGUAUGAUUCCGAUGCCAGAAUCUCCGAAAGAAAGUAAAGUGGUUCCUAUUGAUCCUCAACUUAAGGUAGAUAAAAAAGUAGAAUCUACAACAGAAACUGAUAAAACUAAGGGUAAAAUUCAAAUAAAAAAUUUAAAGUUUAGUACAGUAUUUGAAGAGACUGUAAAAAAGGCAGAAGAAGAAGCAAGAAAAAAGGCUGAAAAAGUUGAAGAAGGUGAAUAUACAGACUCCUCAAGUAGUUCAGGAAAAGAAGAAGAACUAAACUUACAAUUUCCUAAAUCAUCAGAUCCUGGUGGUAUUUUAAAAAAGCAAGCUGCUGAAGAAAUUAAAGUUCCUGAAGAAGAAAAGUUGUCAAGUAAACAUAAACAUACAGAGAGCUCACAUAAAUCUAUACGCAGAGAAAGAAGUAAAUCUAAAAAAAGAUCAACAAGCAAAUCAAGACGCUCAAGAUCAAGAUCUCGAAGGCGACAUAGAUCAAGAUCCAGGUCGAAACGUAGAAGCCGCUCCCGUCAUCGUUCACGGUCACGUCGAAGAUCUAAAUCUCGUUCUAGACACAGAUCAUCAUCAAAAUCUAGACACAGAUCUAGGCAUUCUCCUAGACACAGAGGAAGGAGAUCUAGAUCUCCGACUGGUGUGAAACUAGCAGAUAGUGAGAAGAAACGUCUUUUAGAAGUAGCUAGACGCAAUGCUAUAAAUAUGCUCAAAAACGGUGCAGUCCCGGCGGGCGCGGCCGUGCUGCCGCCGCAUACUAGGAACCAGGUCAUGGCUGCUAUACAGUCUGGAGGUAAAUCAGUGGAUGAACUGACAGACUUUUGCAAACACCUGUCAAAGAAAGAAGCACUCGGGGAACUGUCUUCUGUCUCAUCCAAUGACGAUGAUAUGAGCGAGAACGAAGAUACUAUCGCCUUCCAUCAUCCAUUUCUUGUUAAGGAAAAAGCACCUAUUGUUAUGAAUAUUCGGGGAGGUGCACCUCUGCCAACAAAAUCAAGCACAUUACCUAUAGCUAAUAAGGAGGAACUCAGACUGCAGUUUCCAGUGUCUUCGGGCACUCAACACAGGGAGAAAGCAUCUGAAUGGGUUCCUGUCUCACCUAAAAAGGAUAACAUGCAACUAGUAAAACUGAAUACAAAACCCACCGUACCAAAAUUAAGUCCUACUGUAGAAGCAAUAAGUUCAGAGGCCAUAGCUUUGCCAGCGCCUGCGUCGACACAACCGUCCUACAUGAAAAGCUUCACUACUGGCAGUCAGCUAUCAUCGGUUCCCGCGUUGCCGGCGCCCGGACCACAAGCGUACCCGCCAGGUGUCGAUUCUUCUAAAAUUGAUAUGGCGUCCAUUGUAUCGCAGAAGUUGUCAAUGAUUCGUAAAGAGCAAGAGGAGAAUGAGUUAGCGUCUACAAGGGGUUUCGGGUGGUCGAAGGAGUCGCGGCCGGGCCAGUUCACGGGCUCCACGGGCGCGCACAUCCUCACGCCGCGCGAGCUCGCCAGCGGCACGCAGGCCUGGGCCAAGAAGGAUCAACUUGUUCGUGCCGCGCCUGUUGAAGGCGGCAUGGGGAUGCAACUAUUGCAGAAGAUGGGUUGGACGCCGGGCCAAGGUUUGGGUAAAGAGGGCACGGGGACGUUACAGCCUCUCCUUUUAGAGGUCAAGUUAGACACGAGAGGUCUGACUUCCAAAGAAGAAGCUACUAGCAGACAUGCUAAAAAUGUAAAGCCUCAACGCUUAGGUCGCAGGGGCCCCGCGCCGCUAGUCGCCGGCGGCAAGCACCCAGUGUCACUACUGGGAGAAUAUUGCUCAAAACAAAAGUUAGGCCCCCCCGAAUACAAUCUUUGCUUUGAAUGUGGGCCUGAUCAUAAGAAAAAUUUUCUGUUCAAGGUAAAAGUGGCAGGCGUAGAAUACCAACCGGCAGUUGCCAGUGCUAAUAAAAAACAAGCCAAGGCCGAUGCUGCACAACUAGCUCUGCAAAAGCUGGGCAUUUUAACACAA